AUGUCUGGGGCGUCAGUCAAAGUGGCUGUCCGGGUUCGGCCGUUCAACACCAGGGAGACGAGCAAGGACUCCAAAUGUAUCAUUCAGAUGCAAGGCAGCACGACAAAUAUGAUUGACACAGAGUGUCCUUUCAAUAAGAGUCCAGUGGCUGGUGGCCUUAAAAAAGCCCUGCCUGGGGGAAUCACCAGAGCAGACCUAACAAUGGCCCUGCCCUGUGUGGAUGAAUUAUAA